AUGGGGUUUAAUUAUAAAAAAUUUUUUAUACCAAAUUGUUGUAUUAAAAAAGAGGAUGAUGGUGGUUUUAUAACACCAAAAAUAAGAAGAUCACCAAAUUAUUGGGUAUUAUUUGAUAAAAGAAUCAUCCUUACAUAUUAUUAUAAAAAUAGUUUAAUAUCAAUUUUUUUAAUGACUUUAUUUGUUUUUAUUCUUCAAUUUGAAACAUUACCUAAACUUUAUAAAGAUAAUACUUUUUUAAUAAAUAUUAUUUGGAUUUUUUAUGGAAUUUUUAUAUAUCUUGUCAUACGAAUUAUUACUACCGACCCUGGUAUCAUUCCUAAAGAUAAAUUUUCGGAAAAACUUCGACGUCUUGUAGUUGAAGAGUCAUUAUUUAUGUCAAUAGCAACAUAUUAUAGAAAUGAAAAAAAUUAUUGUACUGUAUGCCAUCAUAAUAUGCCAUAUAAAACAAUUCAUUGUAAACGAUGUAAUUGUUGUGUUCUUGAUUUGGAUCAUCAUUGUAAAGUUUUAGGAGUAUGUAUAGGAAAAAGAAAUUAUCAUUUUUUUGUUUUAAUGCUUUUUAUUUUAUUUAUUAUUAAUUUAAUUGGAUUAAUAAUUUCAACAAUCUUUUUUUAUGAAAAAUUUAUAUCUGUAUCAUCAUCUGAGUGGAUAAAUAUGUUAUUUUUUAAAUAUCCUUUAUCAGGUGCAUUACAAUUUACAACAUUAUUAUUACUAUUUCCAAUAGUUUAUAUGAAUAUACUUCACUGUAAAUUAAUAUCAUGUGAAGUAGGGACAUAUGCAUAUUUUAUUAAUAUUUUACAUCCAUCACAUGGAAGUGAAAUAAAAAAAUUUAGCUUCAAAAGGAUGUUUUUAAAUUAUUAUAAACUUUUUAAAAAACCUAUACAACCAAGUUUAUUAAGAAUAGGACAUGCAUCAGAUGAUAAGCUUUCUUCAAUAAUAAGAAAUUAA